AUGGCGAGGCACCCGAGCUUGUGGCUGCCCGCCCCCCGCCCUCCGCCUGUGUUAUCUUGUGCCGUGUCUGGUGCUGUCUCUUGGUAUGCUCUGCUCAUGAAGGCGCAAGUCUCACUUUUGGUGGCCGUGUUGGACGAUGAACAGGAUGACGAGCUGGACGAGUCAAUCGGUAUCGAGGCCAAAGCGGGGGCCUUGGAUCUGGCCGAGGACGAGCCGGUUGGCGAGAGCCUGCGCUGGGCUGCCGAUAACGAUUACGAGCGCCGUAGCCACCUCUCGGUCAAGCACGACCAUGCACUGCAGAGCAACUCCCUCUGGGGGGUUUUGAAGAAGAACAUUGGCAAGAAACUCUCCCACAUUGCCAUGCCCGUCACCUUCAACGAGCCCCUCAGCGCUCUGCAGCGCCUCUGCGAAGAGCUUGAGCACAGCCACCUCCUCGACAAUGCUGCGGCUGCUGCCGAUCCUCGCGAGCGCCUCAUGUGGGUGGGCGCUUUUGCCGUUGCCUCGUACGGCAGCUCUCAUUUUCGCUCCGGGCGUAAACCUUUCAAUCCCAUUCUUGGCGAGACUUUUGACGAAGUCCGGCCCGAGCGCGGCUUUCGCUUUUUUGCGGAGCAAGUUAGCCAUCACCCGCCCAUUAGCGUGUGCGUGGCCGAAUCCUCCCUCUGGACCUUUUAUCAAGAGGCGGGUGUCAAGUCCUCUCUCCGUCCCUCCAGCCUCAAGGUUACUCCCCAGGGCUUUAUUCGUGUCUCUUUUCCCGCGUACGAUGAGACCUACGAGUGGCAAAAAGUGGUGACACACGUGGAAGACAUUGUUUCCGGCAACAAGUGGGUCGACCACCACGGCCGGAUGUGUGUCGUCAACUGUCGCACGGGUGAUACGUGCAAGGUCGAGCUCUUCCAGUACUCGCGCUUCAAGAAGAGUCAAAAGUAUGCCGUCAAGGGCACGGUCAUUGACGUGGCUAACCCUAAAAAGCCGUUUGCCACCUUUUCCGGCAAAUGGAACGAAAAGCUGGUGCGCGAUGACACCCAGGAGGAGUUGUGGACCAAUCCCGUGCCUGAACAAGAAUCCAUUGAUCACGAGUUUGGCUUUACAAAGUUUGCCAUGGAGCUGAAUGAACUGCCGCCCGAGGGCAAUGGACAACGCGAUUUGCUGCUGGCCACCGACUCGCGCAAUCGCCCGGAUCAGCGCCUUUGGGAAGAGGCCAAGGAAGAGGCUGCCGCCGAAGAGAAACUGCGCGUGGAAGAGCUGCAGCGGGUGCGGCGACAGGAGCUCGAGGCGGAGGGCAAACAACACGAGCCUCGUUUCUUCGAGUAUCGUCGUGUCCCCGCCCCCAAGCCGGCGCAGCUCCCCUCGGGUGUUCCCGCACUCUCUCGCGAGGCUGAGCGCGCCGAGUGGCUGUACAAGGGUGGUUUUUGGCGUCAGAAGAAGGAGCAGUCGAUCAAGAGCCUGCCCCCCUUGUGGUGAAGUCCCGUCACUUAAGGGCUUGCCGCAAGGGUCAGCAUUGAGGCAGCUACUUGCAUUUGGGGUUUAGCUUCGGAUUUGCUUCUUGUUUGCUUUGGUCUUUGAGCUGUGUCUGCCCCGCGACACCAGCCGUCACCCGUCUCGCUCGCAUUCUCCUCCCUUUGAGUUUUGGCUCGCGUCUGUGGUUGGGGGAAGAUGGAUUGGCUGUGGUCAUUUGUUGAAUGGGCCCGUGUUUCCUCUUUCUUGUACUAUGCACUGGUCAACCAUUGGAUCCGAGUACGA